AUGGCUUCAUUCAGAUUCUGCGCAGAAUGCAACAACAUGUUGUACCCAAAAGAAGACAAAGACGAUCAACGUCUCCUCUAUGCAUGUCGAAAUUGCGGAUACACCGAAUUGGCAGAAAACUCGAAAGUCUACCGUCAUGAAUUGAUGACCAACAUAGGUGCUACUGCUGGUGUGGUGGAAGAUAUUGGAAAUGAUCCAACUUUGCCCAGGAGUGAUAAAGAGUGUCCGCAAUGUGGGAAUCGUGAUUGUGUGUUUUUCCAAUCACAACAAAGACGGAAAGAUACCAGUAUGAUUUUGUUUUUUGUAUGUUUGGAAUGCAAGAAUGUGUUUCAGGCAUGA